GGCUCAUUCCGUACAGUCGGUGUCGCGGUGUGCGCCCGUGUCUGAACAUCCGUGCUGUAGUGUUGCCAUAUAUUUGUACUAACAGUGCUGUGAGUGUUCGUGUAUUGGUCGCGGAGAGAUGAGAUAGUCCUCAAACUCUGAGUGUUGAGCGUGGCGAGGCGCGGCGUUGUGCGGCAGUAGGUCGCGAUGACGACCGACAUCUCGGUGUCCCGCUGGGACCCGUCCAUCGGCCAUGGACAGGAGAUCAUCGACGAGUUCGAGUACGACGGCGGCAACUCAUCAUCGAGGCUCUACGAACGAUCGCGCAUUAAGGCGCUAGCAGACGAACGAGAGAACGUGCAAAAGAAGACUUUCCAGAAAUGGGUGAAUUCGCACUUGGUACGUGUAGGGUGCCGCAUCGGCGACCUCUACGUGGACAUGAGAGACGGCAAGAUGCUCAUCCGACUCCUCGAGGUGCUUUCAGGAGAGAGACUGCCGCGGCCGACAAAAGGCAAAAUGCGUAUCCACUGCCUGGAGAACGUAGACAAAGCGCUGCAGUUCCUACGCGAGCAGCGCGUUCACCUCGAGAACAUGGGCUCGCAUGAUAUCGUCGAUGGGAACCCAAGACUUAGUCUCGGACUUAUAUGGACUAUUAUCCUUAGAUUCCAGAUCCAAGACAUAACAAUCGAAGAGACAGAUAACAAAGAAACGAAAUCAGCAAAGGACGCGCUGCUGCUGUGGUGUCAGAUGAAGACUGCCGGCUACAACAACGUGAAUGUACGCAACUUCACCACCUCCUGGCGGGACGGGUUGGCUUUCAACGCAAUCAUACACAAACACAGACCAGACCUCAUCCAGUUCGAGAAACUCCACAGGAACAAUCCUAUGCAUAACCUUAAUAAUGCAUUUAACGUGGCUGAAGAGAAACUCGGAUUAACCAAACUAUUGGAUGCUGAAGGUAAUUUUUACUUUAAGUUUGCUUGCAGGCUUAGAGAAUACUAUACGACGUCGGAAAGUCACGAACAGAAUGAAGAAGAGGAGGCGCAGCGUUUUGAGCAGGAGAGAAGAGAACGAGAAAAACAGAAGAAUAUCAAGAAGAAGGCGAGGAAAUUAAGGCUUCGGUUGCUUAAUACGAGCCUAAACGACGAUCAGAUACCAACCUACGAUCAUAUUGGAAUUCCCUUUGGUAAUAAAAUGUUCAAAGUCAUACAACAGAUUUCAAAUAUUAUUACACCUUUGUAUGAAGAACAAGAUACGUCACAACAAAAUGGCGACACAGAAGAUAAAACUAAUAAUAAAAAAAUAAUCAACGGAGAUAUAAAUGACAGACAAAACGAACAGAAUGGAAUAGAAAAUAAUAACAACACAGAUAUUAAAAUAAUACAAGAGAAAGAACCUAAAAAGAAGAAGAAGAGGAAUAAAGAAGUUGAUAGCGGGAAAGAGAAUGCGAAGAAUAAUGCCCCUUCAGUCUGCAGCUCUCAAAGUGAUACUUCUAGAAGUAGUAAGAAGGAGGCGAAAGUUUGCGUCACGUUUGAUCAAGUCCUUCUAGAAAGAAAUCUCAAUGAAUUGUAUAGAAUGAUAGAAAAAAUUGAUAAGUUCUACCCGGAGCUGGCGGUGUCGGGCAGCGUGAGUGCGCAGAAGAUGUACGGGCUGCGCGCUGUCGGACAGAUGUUAGCGCUCGCCUCGCAGCGGGAGGACCUCGCCGCUCACUUCACUCCCAAGUUAGAUAUAUUGGGAUACAAUUCUCCACAGGAGAAGAAUCUCCAAGUAGAGUCGAAAGAGACGGAGCUUGCAAGUUACGUGAGCGACUGCGUGUCGGUCGCGCUGGACUCCGUGCUGUGCGCCACCAGGCUGCAGCAGGACGGCACCAGCGGAGAGGAUCCCAAGAUAAUCGGCGCCUUGAGGAAUAGAGCACAUUUGAUCAUCAGGUAA